AACUAGCGCAGCAAAAAUCUAAUUAAAGAAAAAACAGCACCGAAAACGGAAAAACAAAAUUCUUAACUUGCACUCUUUAGUUUUUUAUUUAAGUUAACAAUUAGCAGAAACUUCUGGGAAAUAUCUGAGAAACUAUUAGGCGAAGGAUAUUGAACUAGGUAAAUACUACAUAUUUCAAUUUUGAUGAGUACGGAAAAAACUCAUUCGAAGAGAAAUAUUCAAGUUUAAUCACGGCGAUUUUGCAUGAUUUAUUAAUAGCAAAACCUAAUGCUGAGCUAGAGCACUCUGAAAAACUUUGAAUUCACAUUUCGUUUGACUUCCUUUUCAAGACAGCAAAUCAGCAGGCCUUAUUUUAUCGACCACUUCUCACCAGUACAUCAAUAUCCUCUAUAGCUAACGUUGGCACAAUUCACUCAAACUUUACACCGAAAACCAUCUCGGAUCUUCAUUAAGUUUUAAAGGCAGUGAUCGGAGAUACACAAAAAUGGACAAUUCUGAAACACAUGUAGCUAUUGAAGAGAGAUCUUUAGCUCACUAUCUUACAACAAAGACAUAUUACGAAGCUAAAACUGGUACAAAAAACAUCCCGACAAUUCAAACUGAUUCUUUGAAACCAUCCAAUAUCAUUGGAUCUCGAAUCAACGAAAACGGAAAAGACCUAAUCAUUUUCUCCUAUCCACUAUGUGGCCGGAAAAACUAUAGAAAACGGCAUGAAACACUUCUUACAUUUUACGAAGUUUCGGAAGCUCAAAAUACCAAAAGCAUCAUUUCGAAUAUCAUCGGUUUUCAAAUGCGCAAAGUUCUGAUUGUGCUUAACCCUUAUGGCGGUGCAAAGAAGGCUUUACAAUACCUUGAUAAUGUGGUCAAGCCGAUGUUCAGCGAAGCCGAAAUCAGCUUUGAUGUCUUACAUACUAGAUAUACAAGCCACGCAAUUGAGAUCGGUCGAGAUUUUGAUAAAACGAAAUAUACCGAUCUAUGCUGUUUGUCGGGAGAUGGUACUAUGCAUGAGAUAAUCAAUGGUAUUAGUCAGCAAAGUGAUGGUACUAAAAUUGAAGAUAUAUGCAUUGGGAUUCUCAACGGCGGAACUGCCAAUUGCCUCGUUGCCGCGCUUUUAGAGCGUCGCGGAGAGCGCGGAUGCAGCUUCAAAAAAGUAAUUUGGAACGCAACUUUCGCUUUCAUCAGAGGUGCUCCUAAAUUGGUUGACCUUCUGCGGGUUAAUUAUUUGGACAAAAACCUGUAUUUAUGUCAAUCACUAUCUUGGGGCCUUAUUUGUGACGUCGAGUUUGAGAGUGAGUGGCUUCGCACGUUUGGAAGCUCUCGCUAUUCUGUUUAUGCUAUCAAACAUAUUAUUUUGAACAAGGGUCAUAAAGGAAGCAUUCACUACAUUCCUGAAGAUAUCAGCAAUACAUCAGAAGCCUUUCAGAAAUAUUUGGAGAGAAGUCCGAAGGAACAAGCAUACCAUCAAAAAGAGUCCUCAGAGUGGAAAAAAUUCCCUGGAAACAAAUUCUCAUUCGUGGCCUUGAUGGUCAACGGCUUCUGGUCUUUAGACAAUGUCGCUAACCCUUUCUCGCAUUUGGACGACGGAAACGCCUACCUGAUGCUGGUCCCUAAACCAGUUACCAGGUUAACUCUUCUAAGAUUCUUUCUUCAACUCGAAAGUGGAAAGCAUGUGUACUUCUCUCAGAUCGAGUACGUCUGUGUGAAGAGAGUCAAGUUUCAAUUCCAAAACGAACGAGCGUGUAACUUGGACGGAGAAAUGUCAACAAGUGCUAUUAUGGAGGGAGAAAUCAAACCGCAAGCAGUCAAAAUGAUAUAUUAAAAUUCUUAGACGUAAAAAAGCUAUACGGCCAACAAAUUGUGUUUAACAAAAACCAAAACUCUAUCCAGCUGAUAUAAAGCCUUCACUAUACCUUUAUAUUUCCUUGCCUUGAAAUAAAUUUUGUGUCUUC